GCACAGUCUAAUGUUGAAUUUUCUCUUUCAGGGGAUUUUGCUACAUUUCACAAUGAUAUCGUAUUCUGGCUCACAUUCUCCUCUAUCUCUUUGGUAACAUCUGUGGUUCUACUUUUUUGUCCAAAAAUAUCAAACAUACUGACGUGCGCAAUAGUUGGCUCCUACACAGUGGUGUUGGCAAUAGACAGUUAUCUGUACACAAGUCUCAGCUAUAUCACCUUAAAUGUUCUUAAGAGAGCCCUAAAUGAUGACUUCAGUAUGGCUUACACCAGUGUGCCUUUCCAAACCAACGAUUUUAUCAUUAUCGCAGUUUGGAUCAUUCUUCUGCUUGGUGGAGUUAUAACCCAACUUUAUCGAGAGAAGGAAAAGCUCCCUUUCCCGCCAACGCCAUACUUACUGUGGAAACGAGAGAGAGAGCGAAGGAUAACAAACAUUUUGGAUCCAAGUUAUCACAUUCCUCCCCUGAAAGAACGAGUACUGAUCAGACUAGCUCAGCUGAGGGACUUCUUCAGAAGGGAGCAGCCAACUGGAGAAAGGACACCAUUACUUUUCUAGACAAAUCAACUCGCAUAGCCACUGUCAGUUUCCUAAUGAGUACAGAGGGGCUGUUUAAUGAAAUGUGGUGCUACUGUCUUUUACUGCCAGAGUUCAAGAAACAACCCGUAAAAACAUAUGAGCUGUGUGUAUCUUGUGCCAGGUCUCUCUCUAAUCCCACAAAUGAACCAGAAUUAGUCAGAUCCACAGUCUCCGACCUACACAAUGAAUAAUAGUCAUAAUCUGGUCUGUCUGUGUGUGUGUGUAUAUAUAUAUAUAUAUAU